AUGGCGGAAUCAGGCAUCGACCCACGCUGCGUACACGUGGAAGCCAUCAAGAAAGGCAUAAACCCCUCCUCACGCGAAAACAGAGUUUUCUUCAACAACCUUAUCACCGUCUACGCCAACUCCAAUCUCCACUCCUCCGCCCUGCAACUCUUCCACUCCAUUCCACGGCCGAACACCGUCACAUGGACUUCCAUAAUCACCGCAUUCUCGAACUCCCCAAUCGCCGUCGGCCUUUUCAUCUCCAUGCUCCGCCACCCCCGUCGAACUCUCCCCAACGCCCGGACGUUCGCCACUCUGCUCAAAACCUGCGCCUCCUUGCCCAAUCAUUCCCUCAGCCCACAGCUCCAUUCCCUCUCUUUCAAGCUCUGCUUGCACAACAGCCCUUUCGUCGCCUCAGCUUUCAUCUCCGUCUACUCAAAGUCCGGUAACUGGAACGCCGCCUGCAAAGUGUUCGACGAAAUGCCCUAUCGAGACGAGGUGUGUUUCGCCGCCAUAAUUAACGGCCUGGCUCAAAAUAAAAGGCCUAUCGACUCGCUCCACUAUUUUAUCCUAAUGAAGAGACAAAGCAUCCCCUCGACAUUUCACAGCAUAUCCGGCGUACUAUGUGCUAUUUCCAGAGCAGCCAUGCUCGAACUAUGCAUGGCUAUUCACGCGCACGCGGUAAUAACCGGAUUGGAUUUAGAUAUUUACGUUGCGACAGCAUUGAUCGAUGGGUAUGGAAAAUGCGGCCUCGUGGAAGAGGCGAGGAAAUUAUUUAACGAGUUUGAGAUUGGAUCAAAUUUAGCUCUGUGGAAUGCAAUGAUGGCAGCAUAUGCUCUACAAGGGAGCAAAGAAAACGUAAUCGAACUGUUUAAUUCGAUGGAGAAACGAGGUGUGAGACCCGACGAAUACACCUUCUUGGCUAUUUUAACUGCAUUCUACAACGCAGGAAUGGCAAUCGAAACCGAAAUGUGGUUGAAUAAGAUGAAAUUGGAUUACAAAUUAAACCCGUGGAUCGAGCACUACACGUGUUUGAUCGGUGCAAUGGGAAGAUCCGGAAGGUUAGAGGAAGCAAAGGAAGUAGCUUCCACAAUGCCCUAUGAGCCUGACGCAGCUGUAUAUCGAGUUUUACUCUCUAACUGCGCGAGCAUAGGAAAUGCUGACUCAGCGUGGAGUUUGGCGGAGAAGCUAUGGGAAAUCGAACCGAAUGAUGACUCAGCGUACGUGAUCUUAUCUAACGUGUACGCGGGAGCAUCAAUGUGGGAGGAGGUGAAGAAAGUGUGGAAGAUGAUGAGAGAGAGAGGAGUGAAAAAGGAGGUGGCGAGGAGUUGGAUCGAAGUGCGGGGGCAAAAUCACGUCUUUUUCGCGGGUGACAAAAGGCAUUAUAGAAACGAAGAGAUUCGUGCAAAGGUGAAGGAGUUGAUGGUUGAGAUUGAGAAAUUGGGGUACGUGGCGAAGUUGGAUGAGAUUUUGCACGAGGUGGAGGAGAAGGAGAAGAGGGAGUUUCUGUGGUGGCACGGGGAGAAGUUGGCGGUGGCUUUCGGGUUGUUGGAAGGGGGUGGUGCCACGUGGUAA